AUGGACUAUUGGAGAGAUGGAGGCGGAAUAUCGGAGAGGCGUUGCGCUGUGACAGUCGAUCGGAGGACCAAAUUGGUAAAGCCGGAUCUGAGGCUCCAGUUUCUUGAUGCAGUUAAGCUGAAGCAUUUAGACAUAGCAGCGUCUGUGGUCUCCGGGUUUUUACUGAGCACACAACAAACCCCUUAUCAGCCGAAACUCAGCCGCUCAGCCACCGCAAUGGCCGUCGGAAAGAACAAGAGGAUUUCGAAGGGAAAGAAGGGUGGGAAGAAGAAAGUAGUUGACCCAUUUGCAAAGAAGGAUUGGUACGACAUUAAAGCUCCUUCAGUUUUCAAUACCAGAAACAUCGGCAAAACUCUAGUUACGCGUACCCAGGGAACCAAGAUUGCAUCAGAAGGACUUAAGCACCGUGUAUUCGAAGUGUCCUUGGCUGACCUUCAAGGUGAUGAGGACCACUCCUUCCGAAAGAUUCGAUUGAGAGCUGAAGAUGUUCAGGGAAAGAAUGUUCUCACGAACUUCUGGGGUAUGAACUUCACAACAGAUAAAUUGAGGUCACUUGUGAGGAAAUGGCAAUCACUGAUCGAGGCUCACGUUGAUGUCAAGACAACAGACAACUAUACAUUGAGGAUGUUCUGCAUUGGAUUCACUAAGAAGCGUGCGAACCAGCAAAAGAGAACAUGCUAUGCUCAAUCAAGCCAGAUUCGCCAAAUUCGGCGGAAGAUGCGAGAAAUCAUGAUCAACCAGGCACAAUCUUGUGAUCUAAAGGAUCUGGUUCAGAAAUUCAUACCUGAGUCAAUUGGUAAAGAGAUUGAGAAGGCCACUUCAAGCAUUUAUCCUCUGCAGAAUGUGUAUAUUCGGAAGGUCAAGAUCUUGAAAGCUCCCAAAUUUGACCUUGGCAAAUUGAUGGAGGUUCACGGUGAUUACAGUGAAGAUGUUGGGGUGAAGUUGGACCGGCCUGCUGAGGAACCAAUGGCUGAGGAAACUGAAGUAGUUGGUGCCUGA